UUUGAUGAAGUUCAUUUUGGUAAAUACAUUACUGAAUAUAUGACUCGCUCCUUCUUUUUUGAUAUUCAUCCGCCUCUGGCAAAAUUACUGUUGGCUCUUGUUGCUUGGAUGUCAGGAUACAAAGGUGAUUUUGAUGUGGAUGAAGUGGGGAGUGUUUAUACAGAGCAAAUUCCCUUUGUUGCUAUGCGCACAACAAGCGCCUUGAUGGGCGCACUUGGCAGCCUGUUUUGGUAA